UUAAAUUUAAAUUUUUCUUCACUCGGAAAAGUAGAACAGAGCAGCAAGAAAAAAAACACAAGAUGUCUAUUAUCCUCUGUCUUUUGCUACUUCUCUUAGUAACAAUAGUCUUCACUAAAAAGUUCCAAACCUCGAAAAUAAACCUUCCUCCAGGCCCACAGAAACUUCCGAUCAUCGGGAACUUACACAACCUUGACGGGUUACUACACAUAUGUCUCCAAAAACUUUCCAAAACCUACGGACCAGUGAUGAAACUCCACUUCGGUUUUGUCCCUAUUGUCAUAGUCUCUUCAAACAAAGCAGCGGAAGAAGUUCUCAAAACCCAUGACCUAGAUUGUUGCAGCCGACCAGAGACCAUAGCGACAAAGAAAAUCUCUUACAACUUCAAAGACAUCGGGUUCGCUCCUUACGGGGAAGAAUGGAGGGCCUUGAGGAAGCUCGCUGUGAUCGAGCUGUUCAGCCUGAAAAAACUCAACUCUUUUAGGUAUAUAAGAGAAGAAGAGAAUGACUUGUUGGUCAAGAAACUCUCUGAAGCUUCUCAGAAACAAUCUCCUGUGAAUCUGAAGAAAGCCCUUUUCACUUUAGUCGCUAGUAUCAUCUGUAGACUAGCCUUCGGUCAAAAUCUUCAUGAAUCCAAGUUUAUCGAUGAAGAUGGUAUGGAGGAACUAGCGUCUAGGUCGGAGAAGCUUCAGGCCAAAUUUGCUUUCUCUAAUUUCUUCCCUGGAGGUUGGAUUGUUGAUAGAAUUACCGGUCAAAGCAAGAGCUUAGAAGGACUAUUCUCAGAGCUCGAUGAUUUCUUCAACCAAGUGCUUGAUGAUCAUUUAAAGCAAGGAAGAAGUGUACUGGAGAGUCCAGAUGUUGUGGAUGUUAUGAUUGAUAUGAUGAAUAAACAAGGUGGAGAUGGUUCUUUUAAGCUCACUACUGAUCAUAUCAAAGGAAUUAUCUCGGAUAUAUUUCUGGCCGGAGUAAACACAAGUGCGACGACCAUCCUUUGGGCAAUGACAGAGCUAAUGAGAAACCCAAGUGUGAUGAAGAAAGUACAAGAUGAGGUAAGAACAGUACUUGGUGAAUCUAGAGAGAGAAUCACAGAAGAAGAUCUUAACCAACUUAACUACUUCAAGCUUGUAAUAAAAGAGACAUUCAGAUUACACCCCACAGCUCCACUUUUAUUACCAAGAGAGACAAUGUCACCAAUCAAGGUUCAAGGCUACGACAUUCCCAAAAAAACACAGAUCAUGAUCAAUGUUUACGCGAUAGCACGCGAUCCAAAACUUUGGGAGAAUCCUGAUGAGUUUAACCCUGAAAGAUUUAGUGAUAGUUCUGUUGAUUACAGAGGAUUGAACUUUGAGCUUUUGCCAUUUGGCUCUGGUCGAAGGAUUUGUCCAGGUAUGACAAUGGGCAUCGCGAUGGUCGAGUUAGGAUUGUUGAAUUUGCUUUACUUCUUUGACUGGGUAUUGCCUGAAGGUACAACAGUGAAAGAUAUCGAUAUGGAAGAAGAAGGUGCGGUUAUUAUUAGCAAGAAAGCUCCGCUUGAACUUGUGCCAAUUUGUCCCCGUUGAACAAAUUGAAGAGAAAAACAUAUCUUAAAAUAUCUAGGAUCGUAUGUUCUUAAAUUUUAAUUUGCAAUGUGGCAUGGGUAAUAUGUUUAUUGAAUACAUAUAAAUAAAUGCAACUAGAUGAUUGUCCUUUAGCGAAUGUGAUAUGCAAUGCAACUAGAUGAUUGUCCUUUUUAA